UAACGGUCAUCAUCAAAGCAAGAAGCCAGCAUUAAGUGAAGCUCAAAAAGAAAUUUAAACAACAACUACAACGAGAAGUGGAAAAAAAUAUCUCUAAGGGAAGUGUUAUAAAAUUGUUGUUUCCUGGUGAAAAAUAAAACCAAAUUAAGAAAUGAAAAUUAUAAAAUAGCAAUUUUAGAAUCGAAAAAUUAAAAAAAGAUUGAAAACGGUUGUGUAUUUGUCCAAAAGAGUGGUAAACAAAAAUGAUUAUUUAAGACCAUCUCCAACGAAGAGUUCGGUUCUUAGUUUUGUAACACAUCGCGUUUUUUGUGUGGUUAAAGUGCAUACGAAAAAAUCGAAAGGAUUUACUGUGUUUUUUUGAUUUAAAGUUAUUUUUUAUUAUUUCACUAGAAGAUUUAAUUCAAGUCUCGCCCCUCACACCCAUCAAAGUUAAAGCAAAGGGAAGCAUAAGCUGGGGGCAAAACUAAUUUCAAAUUGUUAAGUUUAAUUAAUAAUGGAAGCAGCAUGUCCAACUCCGUAGUUACUUUGUCUUCAUUUAAUCUAUUGUUUCUCACACAAGUGCUAACCGUAUUGACAUCAACUAUCAAAUACAACGAAUACGUGACCGAUAAAGGUGAAAAUAUUUCAAUACCAUGUAUUGCCGAUGGUAACAUCAUGUGGGUCAAAGAGAAUGGCAGCAACAACAACACAAUAAUACAGACGGGUAAAUAUUUAGUUCUUACAAAUGUCUCGGCAUCGGAUAGAGGGGUAUAUGUCUGUUUUGCCGCUGUGACACCACGCAAAAGCAUUCCCAGCAGCCACAGAAACGAUGUUCGCCAGCCCCUUGAAGUGGACGAACAUGAAGAAAGUAAAGAUGAAAAUGCACUCGAAAGCGAUACAGGCACCGCACAGCCUACACUAGAACUUAAUGAGAAAAACAAAAAUGCUUCAACUACCUCAAUGCUUCCAAUGCCUAGUGAUGAUACCGGCAGUGUAACAUCACAAUCGUCAUCCACAUUCACACCAUCAAAAGUCACAGCCACAGCUUCAAAUUCAACACCAAUGCCUGCAUCAGCUUCAAUAAACAACAGCAGCAGCAAUGCAACAACAUCACCGGUCACUGGUGUCAGUUCUACAAAUAUCACCAGCACUACCACUAGUAACAGCAGCAGCAGCAUUAGCAUCAGCCACAGUAGUAGAAGUAGUAGCAAUAGCAAUAACACCACUUCCAGCAACAGCAACAACAACAGCAAUAGCAGUAGUAGCCUUAGUGAAUUGACAACAUCGUCCUCACUACUUCCGCACUCCGAAGUGAUGCCCGAUGGUGAGGAUGACGAUGUAAUACAAGAAUUUCAAGCAUUUCAAAAAAUCAAUCUAACCGUUCGUACCCCACCUGGCCCAGUUUCCCAGCUGUACUUUAAGGCCUCUACCAUAUUAGGUUUCCUAGUGUGGCGUUUCAAUAAAACCAAUUCCGGUGGCUAUCCGGUGCGUAGUUUUACGGCGGAGUUUCGAAAUGUUUCCUACGAUACACCGCCCUACAAUACCAGUUUCGAACAUGAGUGGAGUCGAAUGGAUCCCAUUAAUAUAGCACCAAAUGUGCGACAAAUGGAGGUCUAUCGUCUGGAGCCCAACACCACAUACGAGUUUCGUAUGUGGGCCAAUAAUCACUUGGGAAGUGGUGAAGUUGUUACCACCAACGUUACGACGUUACCGGAAACGAAAGAAGAAGAUUUAAUACGCCUUAUACAACCCGAUUUAGAUAAUUUUGAUCCACGUAUUUGGAUUGUUGCUGUCAGUAUAGUACUUGGAACAUUUGUGAUAUUAGCUAUUGGAUUAUGUAUAGUUCUAACGAGAGAGUGCUAUCAAUCAUCUCAAGCGGAAUUUGAAAACGGCUGGGAUAGCAUCGAAUUGAUACCGAAUAUCAUUUUAAAUCCUGGUUUCUCUGAAACGGAUGACGGCCAAUCGCCCCCCAUCACGGCUGUUCCCCUGCCCACAUUCUCACGCAACAUCGUCUUUGGCGAUGACAGUGACAGCUGUGACUCGGAAUCGGACCAUGAGCCUCGCAUGGAGAAAUUCAAACGUAAGUUAUCGGUAUUCUUUACAGAUCCCACCAUCAAGCGUAUUUGAGAGUACAAAGUGACGACUGUUACUACGAGGAACUUCUUAUUGUUAUUGAUUUAGUACAGUACAUCGCUGUACAGUACGAUACAUUGUUAAUUAUUUGUUUACAUUUGAUUUUAAGUAUGUAUUUAAUUAAAACAUUACGAAUACAACAUGAACAACAACAAAUCUCUAUUUAUUUAUGGAGUUUUUUUCUAAGAAAUUUUUAUGCGAGCAAAAGAAACACUGUAAAAAAAAUGAACAAAACCAAACUCAAACAACCCAACAAUAAAUUUAGCAUUAAAACAAUUUAAUGAAAUUAUCAAAAUGAAAUGUGCUUAUGGUUAAAAUUGUUAUAAACAAAUGAAACUUAAAAACAAAACACAAAUCCAAAACCCAAAAGGAAUAAAAACCAACUUACACCACUAAAAUUGACUUAACCUAAGAAAUUUGUUAAGAUUCUGAACGAGCUUUUGUUACAAAAAAGAAAAAACUAUUAAGACAUAUAUAAAUCAACAAAAAAGAUACAAAAUUCAAAUGAGCUAACAUGAUGAGCUAGUUAUUAAAAGCAAAUUCCAAUUCUGUUUUCAUUUUUUUAGCAAUUAAUUUCUAAUCAAGCAGAGAGAUCAAAAACGAAGUACUGCAUCAAACAAAAUAAGAUGUUCCACAAUGUUGUUAGAUAAGGCUUAUGUGGCAAUCUGCAAUCAGGCCUACUUGGAUACUUAAUUCCAUUGUGAUACCACAGGAACUGGAGAACGAAUUUGCCAUCUAGGUCUUACCUUUGAACCAGCCAGAUCGUGAUUCAAGCGCUCAAAGAAAUAACCUAAGGUGGAAUACAUUCUGCUUGAGAUUUUCUACAGCAUGCAUGUCCUCCAGUCUGUUAAAGUCAACGACAAUGAAAGCGGUAAAUCUCUUCAUCCGUUGCGCUUCGAAUCUUAUUUCGAAGAAUUAGCUUGCCUGUCACUAAAGGCACACUCAAAGUUUGUGGUUCCCCUAGGGGAUUUCAGGCAUUGUAUCAAGAAUAAUACAGUGUUUGCAGGCGGUGCUUGAUUUAAAAGAAUCACAAUAUUAGUGCAAGAUCAUAUCAAGAGUCGCUAGAAUAAUACUCAGUUAAUCAGAGGGUGUUGUCCUCAAUGCGAUUGCAAUGUAUAAAUUAGUCAUACUUCGGGUAACCCCCGAAUAUUAUAUGGGCAGAUUUUUAAUGUUUCGAGAAUAAUAUGGCGAGAAG